GACCCCGCCCCCUGUCCUCACGUUAUUGGUUGGUGGCCCCAAGGUGGGCGGGGCUGGCCGUGGGUUGGGGAGGGCAGGGGGCGGGGAGGAGGAGGAAGGCGCUGGCGGGCAGUGAUGGCGGCGGAUGAUGGGGACGUGAAGCUAGGCACCCUGGGGAGUGGCAGUGAGAGCAGCAGCGACGGCAGCAGCGAGAGCCCGGGCGGCGCUGGAGCGACAGCAGAAGGGGGCGGCUGGGCAGCAGCGGCGUUGGCGCUUUUGACGGGGGGCGGGGAGAUGCUGCUGAACGUGGCGCUAGUGGCGCUGGUGCUGCUGGGGGCCUACCGGCUGUGGUUGCGCUGGGGGCGACGGGGUCUGGGCGCCGGGGCCGGGGCGGGCGAGGAGAACCCUGCCGGCUCUCUGCCUCGCAUGAAGAAGCGGGACUUCAGCUUGGAGCAGCUGCGCCAGUACGACGGGUCUCGCACCCCGCGCAUCCUGCUCGCGGUCAAUGGGAAAGUCUUCGACGUGACCAAAGGCAGCAAGUUCUACGGCCCUGCGGGUCCAUAUGGAAUAUUUGCUGGUAGGGACGCCUCCAGAGGACUGGCGACAUUUUGCCUAGAUAAAGAUGCACUUAGAGAUGAAUAUGAUGAUCUCUCAGAUUUGAAUGCCGUACAAAUGGAGAGUGUUCGAGAAUGGGAAAUGCAGUUUAAAGAAAAAUAUGAUUAUGUAGGCAGACUGCUAAAACCAGGCGAAGAACCAUCAGAAUAUACAGAUGAAGAAGAUACCAAGGACCACAAUAAACAGGAUUGAACUUUGUAAACAACCAAAGUCAGGGGCCUUCAGAACUGCAAUUCUGCAAUUCUUACUCCCUUUCACAGAAUGUCUAGAGUCUUGGGGUUCGGUUCACCUGCAGCAAAAAAUCAACAGAUUGUGUACAAGCUAAUUGAGUCUCACUAUGAAGAUUUGAAUACUAGACAUUCUUGAUGCUGCCAAACUCAUGUUGCAGUUGUUUGUAAUGUCUGGUGGGGCUUCUCAUCCUGAAAAGAAAGAGACAGGGAUUUUUCUUUUAAAGAGUAAGAAGUUAUGAGGUUACUUUUCCUUUUUUCUUUUUCUUUUUUCCUUUAAAUCAAAGACAACCAGAUAUGUAUUUGCUGCUUGAGUGUACACAUCUCAUAAACAGCAAGGGAUUCCUAUUUCAUGUGCUGUGCUUUUGUGUUAGCAUUGAGGGAGGCAGGAGACCUGGGCAGGAGGUGGGGUUGCACAUCAAUUUGAGUAGUUUACGCUACUGAAACAUUAAAAUGUGAAUUCCCCAACUUUUCUUUUUGGGUUUCAUCAGGGAACAGAAAAAAAACCUUUAUUUCUAAGAAAUCUUUAGCAAUUAGAUGGGACUUCAAGUGGAUUUAAGUCAAAAUUAAAUGCCCAACAGUAAGAUCAUUUGAAACUAGUUUUGCAUUCCUUCCCUUCCCCUAGGUCAGAUCAAUAUUACUUGUGCCUUAUUUCACUUACAUAGACUUGAAUUAUUUUUAGGGAAAGCCCAUAUGUGAAUUCAGAAGUCACUACAAGCAGCAUUAAGACGGAACUUGGAAUAUUCUGUUGACCGCAAAAACCUUGAUGUCAUUCUGUGUAUAUAGAAUGUAAAAGGAAUAUUCAGUGUUACUGCCAUGUAUGUUAAUAUACACAAACUUAAUUAGCAUUGUAAUGGCCAAAUGCAUUCCCCCAUGCUUUUCUCUUCAAAAAAAUUGAAAAACAAAUCAACAACUCUAUCCCCCAACAGCUGCCUAAUUUUAGGAGUCUGACCCUCACAGCUCCCUGGUGUGGGUGCAUGGGGUUGUAGUAUGGAUGUCGUAUGGGUGUGUUUGAAUGUGUGAGAGCGCCUUGGAAGGGACUCUGCAGAUACUGUAAAUACCAGUACCGUUUUAAUAAAGCAUGUACAAUAAACCAAAAUAAGCUUGAGUCGGACUUUAUAUACAAACUGUAAGCCAGUGCAUUAUAACAUGGUAGUCAAGAUUGUGCAUUUGAUUCAAGAUAAGGGAUAAUCUUGGAAAUGAAAAAGCGGGCACUGGUUCACCAAGUUGUACACAUUGUACCACAUUCACUAUAACGUUAGGAAGAAAUUCCACUUUGUGGAACAUUCUCAAGAGAUCUGAGAUUAUUCAGGUAAGAAUUGAUAUAUAAAAAUGUACAUAUUUUACUUUAUAUUUUGAUGCCAAUUGAUUACACUAGAAUAGCACUCCAGGUUGUAGUUAUUGGACAUAAAACAAUAAAGGAUAAUAUACCAUUAGGUAUUAAAUUCUUACAUUGUUAGCUUUAAAAAGCCCUUAUAUGUCAGUUACUUGAUUUCAUCAUGACUAUUUGGUUGGGGACAAGUUAUACCAAAAAAGACAUUUAAAAAGUCACCGAUUUCAAAAGAAAGUCUUCUGCUUUAUGAAUAUUAUAUAUGCAGAAGCCAUCAAAGAAGGGGGAACUUUUAACUGCAAUAAUAAGCUAAAGUAUGUAAAAACAGCAGGUCCUCAAAUAACAUUGUUUUCUAUCUCGUUUCAUUAUAAAGUUGAGGAGAUGCUGUAGGAACUUGUUAAAACUCUUGUUCAUAUCAAUUAGCCCUUGUUCAAAUUUGUUUUGUUAUAUGUUGUUUCACGUAAAGUUGCAGAAUCUGUUGACGAUGUUAAGUGAGGACUUACUGUACUACAUUCUGUUAUAUUCAGUGUUGGAAUGUUUUGCAGAAAAUGAACUUCCAAUUAAAUUUUAGCUGAAGACUGGUUGUGAAGA